AGAUGGCAGAAGAUGGAGUACGCCACAAGGUUGUGGAUAACGUCGAUGACUGCGUCAAGGCUGUCGAUGACCUCCUCCAGGAGUCUGUCGUUGCUGUGGACUGCGAGGGAAUCAAUCUGGGAAAGAAGGGCCCUCACUCUUCAGGUGGGCAAACUAGACGGUUUUGUCUACUUGUUCAAUGUGUUCGUUGAGCCAAAAGUCUUUACCGAAGGCCAACUAAAGUCGUUUCUGGAAAAUCGAAACAUCGUUAAGGUAUUUCACGCGUGCAACCGAGACAGCGCAGCCCUGAAGUGUCAGUUCGAUGUUAUGCUGAACAAUGUGUUUGACGCAGACGGCACUUUUCAUCAUUGAAAAAUCUGAAAGGAGACAACUCCCAUCUGCCCGGAAGCUGAUUGAUGUUUGCAGCCGCUACACUGACGUCACUUCCCUUGAGGGAAAAGAAGACGUCACAGCCAAAUUGUACAAAAGCAAUGCUGCUUAUUGGGCAACAAAAGAAUUUACACAGGAAAUGAUCGACUACGCAUGUGCAGAUGUACGGAUUUUGAUACCCGAGGUGUAUGAGAAAAAUGAAAAGCUCGGAGCAGUCUCCCCAGACACUAUGUACACCUUCUUCUGGGCUGGGAGCGGCACCAAAGUCAACUUCAUGUUAGCUUAG